AUAUUAAUGCAGUUUCAAAUCUAGGCCCAGAUAACUGCUUGUGGCGUCUGGUUGGUGAUGUUUAGGUCACUAUCUUAAGCCUCAGGAAAAGUUCAAAAGUAUUUCACUACAUGAAAUCUCAGAAAGCCUUUGAUAAAAUACAGGUUUUAUAUUGCUUUCCUUCCAGACUUCUUAGUUUCAAUCUGUCUGCUGUUGCUCAGUUUGUCAGAUUUUUAUCAGCACGUUUGGCGCUCCACGUCCUCCUCGCCUUUAGGGGGCAGCAGAACGCCUGUUGAACACAUAGGAACCAAAACAUGAAGCAGAGCAAAGGUUGAACCAGAGUGCAUGUGGAUAUUUUUGCACGACUUCGCCGCAUCUGUCUUUAUCCCUAACAGUGAGAUGCAGACCGCAGCAGGAGUGGGCUCUCCUCGGCUUCGCCCUCUAUUUGGCGGAGCUCUGUCGGCGGUCAUCCCCUACAACGUCACCGACAUUAGCGAGCUGAGGGAGAUCCCGGACAACCAGGAGGUGUUCGCCCACCCCCACACCGACCAGAGCCUGAUCGUGGAGCUGCUGGAGUACCAGGGCCAGGUGGCCGACCAGGACGCAGCCAGGUACCACUUUGAGGACAUCGCGGGCAGCAACAAAGCUCAGGAGCCAGGAGCCUUCGACGUGAGUAAUGUUGCGGCCCUACCCAAAGCCGAGGUGUCCCUGUCGGAGUGCAGCAGCGCCUGGAUGCUGAAGGGGACACAGUGUGUGUCCAAGUUCAACGAAGAGGCCAGGAACACGGUGAGCAUCCACUUGGGUCUGCUCCGCCUGCCGCAGUUCUCCACAGAUAUCCUGAUAACCUUCAACGACCCGCAGAGCAUCAGCCCCGACAGCAGCAGCGCCUCUGCAGCGCUGACACACAGAGAGCCGUGGACCGUGGACGACUUCCGGCGCACUUUACUGUCUCUGACUUUGCACGACGCUGGCCUGUUUGGCUAGAACUUUCACUUCUUGCACCACCAGACUGGGACUAUUUAUUGUUUUCCUCUCACACACGUUAUAGAAAAGACAUGAUUUUAAGAACCAGAGAUUAUAGGUGAAAUACGGUCUCCUUUUUUUCUGGCAGGCAAAUUAAAUUAUAAUCAAACUU